AUGUCCCAGCCACGACGCCGCAUACCAAACAAUCAAUCGGACAGGACCUCAUCUGUCAAGAUUCCGGCAUCGCAUCCGGCAGAAGACAUGCAGGAUACGUCUCUUUUAUCAGCAUUGCGCCGCCAACCGAUAUGGAUAAUCCUCGCCAUCUCCUCCGGCGCGUGCGCCGCGUUCAAUGGCGUCUUUGCGAAGCUUACUACUACGGCAUUGACGUCAACUCUCUCCUCCCACAUCGCAACAUUCCUCUCCCUCUCUCCUUCCAACAAAAUCAUCGAAUUCCUCGUGAGGGGCACAUUUUUCCUCCUGAACCUCGCGUUCAACGCCGCGAUGUGGGCGCUCUUCACCGCCGCGCUGACCCGCGCGGAUAGCACGACGCGGGUGAGUAUAGUGAAUGUCAGUGCGAAUUUUGUCAUCACUGCAAUGCUAGGCUGGAUGGUGUUUGGGGAGAAGUUGAAUGGUCUGUGGUUCCUGGGCGCCGGUCUACUGGCGGUUGGAAAUGUGGUUAUUGGAAGGAGAGAGGAAGGGAAGAACCCGGGUGGGAGUAUGGGACUCGAUGAGAGCGUGGAUGAGGCGGAGAGGGAAGAAGAGGCCGAGGGAUUACUUGGUCGAGGUACAAGGGGAAGAGCAGAGGAGGUAGAACUAGAUGAAAGCGAGGGAGGUUUGCGAAGAAGGAGUGAAGACGAGGGUAGGGAUAGAGAGAGGGUGAAGAGGGGUGUCGAGGUUGACGAUCCUAUAUGA